AUGUCAAUUUUAAUGCGUUUAUCUUUUCAUCUCAUCAUCAUUGUUUUGUCAACGCAAAGUGUACCUACUUUUACUGUUCCCAAGAACUACAUAAUUUAUAUGGGAUCUCAUUUAUCGGCUAGUCAUGAGGAUAUUACUGAUUCACACCAUGCCUUGCUUUGUUCCGUAUCAUUAAGAAAGCGUAUACGGGCACGAUACUUCUACAAAGGUUUGUUGGAAGAAGCCAUGUUAUACAAUAUGACGCUCAACGAUACACUAAGCCCUAGAGAUACGGAAGGUCAUGGUAGUCACACUCUAUCAACAGCAGGAGGGAGUUUUGUUAGCGAUGCAAGCUUGAAUGGGCUAGCAAAUGGAACUUCUAUGGGACUAGCACCCAAAGCACGACUUGUUGCUUACAAGGUUCAUAGGUCAGGAACUGCUAGUGACAUGGAUGUUAUAGCUGCUUUUGAAGCUGCCAUUGAUGAUAAUGUUGAAAAUAUCAAUCUUUCUACGGUUAGGUUAGAACCAGGGUUUCUGGAUUCAUUUGUUGUUGGUAGUUUUCAUGCUAUGAAAAAUGGUAUCCUUACAAUUGCAUCAGCUGGGAACACAGGACCUGCUCUUGGGACUGUUUUGAACGUCUACCCAUGGGUAUUAACAGUUGCUGCCAGCACAAUUGAUAGAGAGUUACAUUGUCAAAAUGGAUCUUUAGAUACCAACAAAGUGGUCGGAAAGAUAGUAGACGACAAAGUAGGAUCUGAAAUUUUCCAAAAUGCACCCUGUGCCAUCUCUGCUGCUUUGAUUAGCUACAAUGAUGGUAAAACUCUUUUUUCUUACAUCAACUCUACCAGGACACCAAUUGUAUCCUUUGGUGAAGCAAUAACUUCAUUAGGCAUAAAGUCUGCUCCUAUUAUGGCUGAUUUCUCAUCAAGGGGUGUUCAAAAUAGGAUACCGGAUUGA